AUGUAUGCGGUGCACCUCAGUAGUGGGCAUUCCAUCCACUGCAAAGCCAUCAAGUCUGGGACCAUCGAGCAGUAUCUCCUGGCUGUGACCACCCUGAUACAGAAUUUUACUCAGGUGGAUUACCGUAAGGACAAACCUGGUGAUACGAAGCUGGGCAAAUACAUAACCGGUGUCAUGAAAGACAUUCGCAAGUACGAGUCCAUGCCUGGUCGUCGUGAGCCCUAUGACCACAAGAUGCACUCUCUGGCUAAGAAAGUUGCCGAGAAAUUCCCAAGUACAAGUCUUAUCUGUGCCCUCACAGAUGGGUUCGAACAAGGGAUGUGUGCUGGUUUCCGCCUUACUGAAUGGGCCCAGCCAGGUGGUAAAACCAACUUCACCAAGCCCCAUACCAAUGGGAUGCCUUUGCCAGCCUGCCAGACUCGGUGCUUGGUCCCCAAUGACUUUCGUGCCAUUGGUGUGGCAGGUGGUCGAAUGGUUGGGCUGGGAAUCCUCUCUGUCCCCUGUGAUUCUGUGUUGCGAAUCUUUGUUAAGCUUCGUACACAAAAGAAUGGCAACAAUGGCGAAGAGCGGCAGUUUGAGAAGAACCCUACCCCAGGUGGGUUUUGCUUCGUCAGUUCCUCUUAUCGAGCACUGCAACGUUUUGCUAUCAUCCAGGGAUGGCACCCUGGAUUGUCUGCGCAAAACACACCCCUGUCUAUCUACUGGGACCCUCGUGCACAUCGCCCCAAGUUGGUUGAUUCAUAUGCCAUUGAGCGAUAUAUGCGGCGCCUUGCGUCUACGGUCUACAAUCUUGACCCAGCGGCUCAUGCUGCUGACAUCCUCCUUUGGAGUUCCCACUCGCUCCGUAUUGGAGCUUGUGUGAUCCUGCACAUCAUGGGAUUCUCCGACAGGGAUAUCCAAUGGAUACUACGGUGGAAGUCUAUGACCUUUGCUACCUACUUUCGGAACGUGGCCCUACUGUCACAGCGGCAGAAUGCUGCCUUCGAUCGACUAAUGGCUAUGCCAUGCCUCUAA